AUGGAGGUCUUCAUUGGCCGGGUCCCUCCUGGUGUAGGCGUUCCAGAAAUCUCUGAUUUGUUUGCCCCAUAUGGUGCCACGAACAUUCGUGUUCUGGAUAGGAAAGGCUGUGCGUUUGCAAACUUCGAGAACCCGGCUUUUGGCGAGCGGGCCAUUGCUGAGCUCAAUGGUUACCAGAUAAGCCAGGCUGGGCCAGGCCUUAAUGUGAAGCCGGCGACGGCCAAGGCUCCCCUGCGUGGCCCCGAGGUUCAGAUGCCUCCAGCUCCUCCUCGGCCUCUGCAACCUCCGGGGCCCCCGGGGCCUCCGGGGCUCCGGCAGGACCCGGGCUUUAUGGCGCCAAGUCCCCUUUCUGCUCCACGGCAAGAGACGCCGCAGAUGCAGCCGCAGGUUUUCAUUGGCCGGCUUCCGCCCAACUGUGAGCAGCGCGAAAUAGAAGACAUGCUUGUUCCUUACGGCGCGUACGCGAUCAAGCUUCUAGACGGCAAGAACUGUGCAUUUGCCUCGUUUGACACGUGGGCGGCCGCAGAGAGAGCCAUUGCCGAGUUGGACAAGACACAGCUGCGAGCUGAUGGCCACCCGGAAGGCAUAAAUGUCAAGUUCGCUGAUGUCAAGGGCGCUCCGAAGGGUUCGCAACAAGAGCCAAAAGUCUUCAUCGGCGGACUUGCGCCCACGGUCACCGACGAGGACAUCCGCAGAGUUUGUCAGCAGUUUGGGGCGAUAACCCAUAGCAAGAUAUUCACGAAGAACGACAAGGCUAUGCCUUGUGCUUUCGUGACCUUUUCAUCAUUCACAGAGGCAGAGGUCUGCAUCCAUGCGAUGAGUGGCAAGGAAGACCUGGCCGCCGAGGGCAAGACCCUGGUCGUGAAGAUGGCUGACCUGGCGAAGUCACGGUCAACUCCGUCAACUCCCCAGAUGCAAGCCUUCUCACCUGCCCCCAUGCCCAUGAUGCCCAUGCGAGCUGUGCCCCCGCCCUCGAACUCAAUGCGAGCGACACCUCCUCCUCCACCCUAUACCCAAGCAUAUCAGCAAAGCUUCCAAGCCCAACCUCAGUCCUUCCAGGCCCCCAUGGGAGGGUCCAAGGCCAAAGGUGGUGAUGACCCUGUGCCAACAUCCCUGGGCGGCGGCCAGGGAGAGAAGGUCUUCGUGGGCGGCUUACCGGAAGCCGUGAGCAUGGAGUUUGUGUGGGGGAUGAUGGCACCUUUUGGCCAAGUGGCUGACGUCAAAAUCUUGCGGAAGCAAGGGGCCUCGCCCUGUGCCUUUGUGCGCUUUGCCCAGCUGGAAGACGCGGACGCGGCCGUGGAGACUCUCGGCAACCUGGGCCGGUUCACUGUGAAGUUUGCCGACAGCAAGCCAGGUCAGAAACGUGGUUACGAGGAAGCCUUCAGGCCAUUCUGA